GCGCCUCAUUUAUAUUUUAAUCCAUGGAUAGCUUAUGCUGCUGCAGAUGUGCGUGUCAUUGACACCGCUGGCUGGCACUAACAUUCAAGUGCUUGCAGCAGGCGCACUCAAAAAAUCCAACGAAUCACAGCACACUGCGCUAGCCCACCAACGCAGAUGGAGCUUCACUCUGGCAGCUACUCCAAAGCGUCAUAGUGCAACCAGCUUCCCCUUCUUCACUCAAUUGUAACCCGCAAACCGCAGAGCAAACGCCCUUAUUCGUCGCCUUUAACUCACAGGCCGCUGCCUGCCAAUACGCAAAAUGUCGGUGGAAAUGGACGAUCCCCUCGACAAAACGACCCUCGCGACCAUCUCUCUGCUCGAAUCACGUCUCCUGCGAAUCGAGCAUCUCCUCUACGGCACCACCGCCUCGCCCUUUUCAAGCCAGACUCAGCAUGACGCUGCCCUUGCAAAGAUGGACGGCUUAGAACGGCGAUUCAGUAGAAUGAUUUCUCAGAUCCGCGUCUAUGCAGAGCUUCUCAAGAUCUACAAAUCAAACCCAGAUCUCUUCCACGCUCCUCUUCCCUCCCAACCUCCCUCCCAGCUCGACUCGGAGGCUGUCCAAUCCAUCGUCCUCUCCGCCGCCUCGUCGUUCCCCGCUACGCUCUCCGCCCUCACCGCCGUCAAGGACAUCCCUAUCCCUGAGUCCUCUACCAGUGCGAGUUUGAUCUCGCUCACGCAGCGCAUGAAGGCCAUUGAAGCUACGCAGAUUGCGCAAGCUGCCGAGAUUUCUGCUCUACGAAGUAGGAGCGAGGCGCUUGUACGAUCGUGGUACGAAAACGGCGCAGUGGUGAACUCUCAGGUAUUGGCGCACACCGAGGGUAAGAUCCAGAGGGUGGAGCGUGAAGUGAGAAGAAGAGAGCGAAUCAUUGAAGAGGAGAAGCAAGAAGAAUGAGCUGAGUAUGUCAAUGGAGUGCAUGCUAUUCAACUCUGGACAUCCGAGUCACCAUCCUCUAAAUGAGGGAGGGGAUUCGAUGUUGGCCGUCCAACUACAGUUUGCUUUUGACAACGAGAUUUUGUUCCAUGAAGGUAUUCAGUGGUAUGACGACGAAGAGCGUCACUGAUCCCCCGAACCAAGUUUCGCAUUGGCCCAGCCAUAGUGCCAGAAGUGGGCGGAAGACACUAUUCCCGGCUAUUGAGCGACCAGGUGAUGCAGUUGGAUAUUAGCCGAGAAGAUGAUCAAACCGACCUAGACACAUGGUGACAAGAUGAGUUAUGAGACUGGAAAUGAAAAGAAACGCAUUAUGAGAAAUAGAUACCCCGUGUUAGACUAGAGGCCGCCGUUCUCCCCGGUUUCGAAGUAUCCUGAAGCCGAUGAUGAGGAGACUUCGGCUAGAUUAUACAAAGUCAAUAUAAAUCCCCCGCUUA